AAUUUUCAGAUAACUAUGAACGUACCAGUUGGUUAUGUCGAAGCUCUUGUUGGGGACUUACAAGAAAUAAAUCGUCAAAAAGAUGUCGAAAUCGAAGAUCUGGAGCAGCAAAAGGAGGCGGACGUCGCCGAAAUAGCAGCAUUGAGAGCAGAGCUUGAUUUUCACCAAAAUAUAGCUGACAAGUUACUAAAAGUAAACGAAGAUAUGAAGGAAAUAUCAAAAAAGAAAGUAAGAAUAGUUGAAGAACUUGCAAAGCAUUUUCCAACUCAAUCCAACGACGUGAAAACAUUGUGCAAUGCUUGCAUGAAGAUGACAAAGUAACCACUGGCCAUGAAGAGAAGGACAAACUAUAAGCAUAAAAUCCGAACAUCAUUCAGUUAACUUUUUUCAACUACACAGAUAAUUCAAUAAUAAUUGUUAUAAGAAAAUUUAAUGAAUUCUCUAUAAAAAUAAAUAUUCAUUUGUCAAU